UGGACGGGCCUAUCUAAAGGGGAGCAGGCUGGAGGCUAUUUAGCGAAAUCUGGGCCUGAAGCGUGGCGGUGGCUCAGGUUGCCUGGGUGGUCGAGGAUGGCUGCUGUGAAUGAGAAUGCAAUCCAGCAACAUUUGAAUUUCUCAAGCUGUGGGGAGGAGGACAGCAGUGACAGUAGUGUGGAAGACUGGGCACCAGUAAGUGUAACACUAAGAAGCCCCUCCUCUGCCUGCCGGACCCCCAGAGUGCAGCGCCACCGUGCCAGGAGUGUCACAGUCUCCCCAUCCGCACCCACCUCACCCAUACCUUACUCAGCUUGGAGGAAACUCCGGCUCUGUGACUCCCCCAGUACUCCUAAGAGUCUACUGUCUAAGUCAACCUUGCCCUACUCGAGCAGCAAGCCCUGUCGUAGCCAGAGGGUCCUGUGUCUGCCCAAUGCCCCUGACCGUGUACCUGCCGUCAACAUUAACCCUUUCACUCCAGACACGGUGAGGAGGAACAGCGAACACUGCAAGAGGAAGAGCUGCAGGAGUGACGGUGAUGAUGAGGACGAUGGACGCAGGUCAAAAGAAACUCAGACCUCAUCUGAGGAUGAAAGCUGUUUCCUCCCAUCAAAGAGGCCAGCAGUGCCGGCCCUCAUGCUGUCACGCUAUGAGAGUGAGUUUCUGGAGUUGGGCCGGAUCGGCGUGGGCGAGUUUGGUGCCGUGUACCGCUGUGUGAAGAGGCUGGAUGGCUGCAUGUAUGCCAUCAAACGCUUACGCAGGCCGCUCGCAGGCUCCGCCAAUGAGCAGCUGGCCUUAAAGGAGGUAUAUGCCCAUGCUGUGCUGGGACAUCACCCACAUGUUGUGCGCUACUACUCGGCUUGGGCUGAGGAUGACCACAUGAUCAUUCAGAAUGAGUACUGUGAUGGUGGGAGCCUCCUUGAUGUCUUGACUGAGAAGGAAGAGCAAGGAGAGUUCUUUCGGGAGCCAGAGCUGAGAGAUCUGCUCCUUCAGGUCUCAAUGGGGCUCAAAUACAUCCACAGCUCUGGCUUAGUGCAUCUAGACAUCAAACCCAGUAAUAUAUUCAUCUGCCAUCGGCCCAGCUCCAGCACUGGAGGAGCAGGAGACAGUGAAGAGGAAGAUGAUGCAUACCCUUCGUCAGGGGUGGUCUAUAAAAUUGGUGACCUGGGUCAUGUGACCUCCAUCUCCAGUCCUCAGGUGGAGGAGGGGGACAGCCGCUUCCUGGCCUGUGAAAUUCUGCGUGAGGACUACAGUCAUCUACCCAAGGCAGAUAUCUUUGCACUGGGUCUGACGGUGCUGUUAGCAGCAGGAGCUCCACCGUUGCCACAGAAUGGAGAUGAAUGGCACAGUCUCAGGCAGGCUCAGUUACCCAGCCUGCCCCAGGAGUUAACGCCACCCUUAAGAAAUCUUACCCAGAUGAUGUUGGACCCUGAUCCUGCUGUGAGGCCGUCUGCGUCUGCAUUGUGCAGGCACCCGGUGCUGCGCAGAGAAAGGGCUGGAAAACUGGCCACACAGCUACGCAGAGAGCUCAACGUUGAGAAAUUCAGAACAGCCAUGCUGGAAAGGGAACUCCAAGAGGCUCGAUUAGCCGCUACCUCGCCUCAGCAGACCCCGCUGUCCACAGGACAGGCCACCUCCGGGGGAAGCUCGGGCUCAGGCUCUCUUUCUAGACCAGGCCGGAGGCUGGUGGGACGAAAUGUGGCUCGCUCCAUGAGUUUUGGUUGCCUGGGGCACUGAUCUUUGCUUCUGGUGGACUGAUGUCUCACACCCUGUGUGUGAACUUAAGUAACAGAACAUGGGGCAUUUCAUUUCAGUGAAAAGUGGGCGUUUUUUUUAAUUGACUUGAAACUCUUUUAUCUGUGUAAAUAAAGAUUUUAAAUGUUACUAAGUGUG